AUGAUGUCACUGAUGAGAUGGUCGACUGGAUCAUGACUCCUGCCAAGAUUCCAGGUGGUUCAGCCAGCUGGUCAGAGGUUCAAAGCCUGUUUAAACAGCAACGGCUCCUCAAGAUCGCAAUGUGGAGUUGCAACGUUCGCCUUAUACGUCGGCUCUUGGCCGCGUGGGGUGGCCGGCCGUUGCACAGCUCAGCAUGGCGAGCCUUGCGUUUCAUGACAGACCCGCGGCGCAAAGACGUGGAGGACAUGUUUCGUCUCUACAUCGCUGAGCGGUCCUUGCAAACGGUGGAGGUUCCCUUCUGGGCCAUGAUCCAGUUGGGAAGAAAGGAAAUGCGACCGGAGGAAGCCCAGUAUGCGCCGCCAAGCCUUCGAGAGAAAGUCGCCUCAACCGUCACCAAGAUGCACACGGAGGCUUGUUCCACCAUGGAAGCUGCCUUUGGCACAGAGGAUGCAGCCGCUUUCCCGCUGGACGCCUUGGCUGCCAUCCACAAGUGUGAUGCGGACACCAAAGCGGUGUUUCAGAACAUCAUCAACGCGACCAAGCUCAGCCGGCCUGUGCAGCUGCACAGCUCGGUCGUGAGGCGCAGCAAACGCGCUGCGACCCGGGAGCUGCUCUGGGAGCUUCGGAGGGCUCUCUGUGAGAAGCGAACCCCUGAUAUGGCGCUGGCUGCCCGACUCUUGGACAGCGGCGCAACCAUGCGCCCCAGGGAGGCGUCGUCGGAUGACGAGAGAAGCGAUGAUGAAGAGAUGGGCCGCCCUGGUGGUCCUCGUUUCAGCACUGACUUCGAUGACGCGCCACGGAACUGCUUAGAUCUCCUGGCCUUAAACAGGUUUGCUGAUCCCAAGCAAUUGGAGUUCGCUAUCAAGAAGGCUGUGGAGUACAAUGCUGACCCGAAUCAUGCUGGCUACGAGAAACCCCUUGCUCUCGCAGUGCGUGGUCGGAAUUUGACGGCCGUGAAUACGCUACUCUCCCUGGGUGCCACAGUGGACCGGCAGGCCCUGGCAGCACUACGGUAUAUUUCUGACGUGCGCGUGCGGCAUGAGAUUGAGGGCAAAUUCCUUGCAGCAUUUCAGCGCGGGGAAUGUUCCUCGACGCUGAAAGUGCUUAAGGACGUGAGCCUUUGGAUCAUUGUGCAGAGCGGCAAUGUGAAGGCAGCCAAGAAGCGCCUCAAAGACCAGAGUGACUCCGCAGAUGCAGGAGUUCUGUUGGCCCUGCGGCGAUGUCGAGACGGAGACAAGAAGGAGCUGCGGCGCAUCAUGGUGGAGAAAUUCGGCGAACGCUCAGUGGCAGGCUGGUCGGCGGAGGCCGCCACCUAUGAGCUGGUGACAGAACUGCGUGAAGCAUUGAUCGACAAGCGCGACCCAGAUGAGGUGUGA